CACAAGCGGGGUUUCUGCCUACCCUUCUGGCCUUCUUGCCACUCUCUUCGGACCCCCUCAUGGCACUCCUGUGGCGAGGCGCCGCACUCGCCGCCCGCUCCCUGCGUGCCGCCGUCGCUGCCUCCCCCGCUUCCACCUCCGUCCACUGCCUACCGGCCGCCGGAUCCCUUGGCGCCGCAAGAGAGCUUCCCUCCACACAGCUUUUCCUCUUCGAGACCCGGAGAGGCUUCGCGAAGGGGAAGAAAUCGAGUAAGUUGCGGAAACCGCCCUCGUCGACGCACGUCACCCCUGAUGUUGUUGAGAAUGACAGUCGAGGUGAUUCGGUUAAAGCCGUUCCUGAUUUCAAAGCAAUCAUGACUGCACACAUGAAAACAAUAUGUAUGAUGUUGUCACAUAUGCUGAGUAACCUGCCGACAGGAAGAGCGUCUAUUGACAUGCUUAACCACAUGAUGGUGGAAACUGCGGAUGUUAAAGUUAAAUUGAUUCGCAUGGCUCUUGUUACUGUCCUGGAUGCGCAUACCCUUUCAGUGAUUCCUUAUGAUACUAGUACAAUGUAUUCUAUUGAGAACGCAAUUGCUUCAUCUCCAUUGGGCAUCAAUCCAAGACGUGCCGGCAAUUGGAUUAUGGCGCGCCAUAGGAUUAUUGUAGCUAUACCUCCAUUGACAAAGGAGAAUACGCAGGCACUGUGUAAGGUUGUCACUACAGCUGCUGAAGAUUUCAAGCAAAAAAUUAGAGAAGCACGGCAAAUGGCACUUGAUGCGAUAAAUAAAUCUUCAUCUAGCAUGCCAAAGGAUGAUAUAAAGCGACUUGAGAAGGAAGUUGAAGAAAUAACCAAGAAGUUCAUUAAGAUGACAGAUGUUAUGUGCAAGGCCAAGGAGGAGAAAAUCUCUGGAAACUAAACCUGUCUAUGUGCUGAUGUCCUUUUUUUGUUAACUUCCCACAACUUUGAUGCGAGGGAUGUUGAGCUACCACAGUUCUACAGCCAUAUCAGAAGAUAUCAGUUUUUUCUUGUGCCGUUGUAGCUCUACUGUUAGCAAUUCAAAAUGGUGUGCUUGCCAGAGCAAGCUGGCAGGUGUUGCUGAUGAAACUUUGAUUCAGAGGUAAUUUCCAUUCAGGGAGUGAUGAAUCGGUACUUUUAAGAAUCAAAGCUGCUUUUACUAUGCUCAUUGGUUUCUUCC